CCAUUGACCUCACAACGCGAAGCUUUACCCUGCCGCCAAACAAAACUUCUCCUUCCUUUCACUUCCAUACUUUGGGACUUCCCCAUUUCACUGUCUCCCUCUCUUUUUACUUGCUUGGGAAAAACUUUGCAACCACAAUCAAGAUUGAAGGAGCUAACCCCUCCUCUUUCUUUUUUUGGUUUUCGGAUGUUUCUCAAGUAAAAGGGGAUUCCAUAUUGUAAGAGCUUGGCACAUACAUGGCAUCACUUUUGUUUUGAUUUAGAGGAAUGUUUUGAUGUGUAUCACAGAAAUUCAAGAUAUCUGAAGAGGAUGACGAGUUCUUUCAUCAUCAGCUGAUGCAGUUCUUCUUUUCUUUGUGAACAAAUUGUGGAUUCUAUUCUUGCUUUCUUUUUACUUCACCUCUGCCAGAACAAGCAUCUUCCACCUUGUGGGGGAAGAUUUCAUACGCACAUUGCCAAACGAUCCACCACUAUUGCCAGCAAAAAUGAAGGGUCUUCUAAGAGGUUUCAGAUACAUCUCCCACAUGUUUGAUGAAAAAGAACCAGAAAUGCAAAUAGGGCUUCCCACAGAUGUAAAGCAUGUUGCUCAUAUUGGUAUGGAUGGUCCUUCUGCCAAUAAGCCCAGCUGGAUGACAGAGUUCAAUUCUGCGCCGGAGCUCUCAGCAGUGCCUAUAAAUACUAAUCGACAAGUGAAGCCUUCGGACGCAGGAAAUCAUGACUCUUCAUUGCCACCUCUUGGCAAUGAGAAGCAAAAGAAGUCAAGGCGCAAACCAUCAAUAGGCAAUGGCUCGCCUAUAGGUUCUCCAAAAGCCAGCGAGAAGCAUUCUAGGCGCCAGCGUUCGUCAAACCUUUCAAUGGAUUCCCCUGGUCGAGACUCACCUUGCCAUGGAAGGCGGAACCAGAACUCAAGUCGUGACGUUGAAUCAUCUUCACAAGAGCAGACUGACAUCCCAAAAAAAUCUCGACGAAAGAAAUCAAAGGGAUCAUUGGGUGGAUCUUCAGGAUCAUCAAGAUCAAAAGAUCCAAAUUCUUUGCCUGAUAUCGUUGAGCUUGGACCUUGAGGAGAUGGAAGCCUAAGAGGAAUAGAGUAAUUUGUACAUUAGAGGUUUAAGCGCUACCGCUGCAUCGAAAUGUGAUUCCCAUGGAAUUUCUUCUUCGUCUAUUGUUGUUCUCUCCAACAUUUUUUCUUGUAGCUUUACGCUUGCAUGGUUUUCAUGGCUUCAUAGCUCUUGCAGACCAUGCCACAUGCUCUGCAAGAGCUCAGAAAACACAGGAAUAGAGUAAUGAAUUUGAAUCUUGGGAAAUUUUUAUUAUGAUUACUUGAAAAA